AUGACAUCUCCAGAGACAUAUACGGUCGGAUGGAUAUGCCCCCAUCACGAUGACUACGAAGCCGCCUGCGCAAUGCUAGACGAAGAGCUCGAAGGCCCAGAAGCCGCAGAAAAGGGUGACGCCAACACAUACUUCUUUGGUCGCAUCAGCAAGCACAACAUCAUCAUCGCGUGUCUCCCACUAGGCCGCUAUGGAACGACCGCCGCUACUCGUGUGGCAAAGGACAUGAUGCGCUCCUUUCCGCAGCUGAGGUUCCUGCUGCUGGUGGGCACAGCUGGCGGUGUGCCUACCGAGGACCGCGACAUUCGGCUAGGCGAUGUCGUUGUCAGUGUGCCAACCCAUGCGUCUGGCGGCGUUGUUCAGUAUGACUACGGGAAGCAGCUUGCUGAGGUCUUUCAGCCAACAAGUCAACUGAAUGCUCCUCCGACGGUGCUGUUGGGGGCUUUGCCGGAAGUGACGCGGAGGCACAACAACCCCAAGAGAUUUGGGGGCAUUGAUGAGCAUCUGCAAGCCUUCAGCAACAAUCCUCGCUUCCGAAAACCGCAAGAGGACCGUUUGUUCCUCCCAGCCGUGAAGCAUCAGGGCGGCAAAGACUGUGCCAAGUGCGACAUGAAUGGCCUCGUUCAACGCCCACCGCGGACUACAGGGAGAGCCGUCAAUGUCUUUUACGGCACUGUUGCAUCCGCAAACUCCAUCAUAGCUGACGCAGUCAAGAGGGAUGCCUAUUCCAGAGUCUCAAGGGUCAGCGCAUUGUGCUUUGAGAUGGAGGCGGCUGGUCUCAUGAACGACUUUCCCUGCAUGGUGAUUCGGGGCAUAAGCAACUACGCAGACGCGCACAAGAACGACGAGUGGCGCUGUUAUGCGGCCGCAACCGCCGCAGCAUAUGCCAAAGAGCUGCUUCGUGUGGUAAAACCC